UUUGGAACGUAACCCGGAUGUUAUCCCUCUGUGACAGCUCGCGCUUGGACACCCCGGAAGUUAUCGUCGGUUUUGGUGACGCUGCAUUAGACUGCGAGACAUGGACCGGUCCAAGCUGUUCGGAGUGUUUCUCCUCAGCCUGGCUCUUGGUGGAGCUCAGGCUCUCACACCAGCGUACUACCUCUCUCUGUCUGAUGUGGCCCGACUGCAGAACCUGCUGAGCCAACAGUUCACCGACCUGGAGUCCGCUUACUAUUCGGUUGUGGGUCUCACCAAGCUUGGAGCAACUGUUCCCGAUCACAAGGAAGUAUGCCAGUUCCUGAAAUCCCAGCUUGACCCCACAAGUGUCGACUCUCUCUUCUUUGCUGCUGAGACCAGUCAAGCUAUUUCAGGAUGUGAGAUCCCUGUAUCCAACGAAACCCGUGACAUCCUUCUGGCUGCAGUCAGUGAGGAUUCGACAAUGGCUCAGAUUCAUCGGGCUGUAAGUGCGCUAAGCUCUCUGGGACUCCCUCUAACUUCGCAGGAAGCUGUAGGCGCCCUGACAGCUCGCAUCAACAAGGAGGAAAAUGUCAUGGCAAUCACCUUAGCCCUGCAAACAGCAUCCCGCCUGUCCCAACAGGCUGAACUUGGAGGAUUACUGGAGGAAAUUGAGGAUCUGACAGCCCGCUUGGAUGAUCUUGGCGGCAUGUACCUUCAGUUUGAAGAGGGACUUGAGGCAACCGCAAUGUUUGUGACUGCUGCUUAUUCCCUGUCAGAUCAUGUGGACAUGGAGCCCCCUCUCAAGGAGGACCAGGUCAUCCAGCUGGUGAAUUCUAUCUUCAGCAAGAAAUCCUGGGACUCUCUGGGUGAGGCCUUCAGUGUGGCAAGCGCCGCCGCCGCCCUGUCCAGCAACCGCUUCCAUGUGCCAGUUGUUGUCAGCGCUCAGGGCCCAGCCACGGUGUCCCACAGCCAGCCAACACUGCAGCUCCUUGUUACUGAUGUCAUGUCUCAACCUCUGGCCUCUGCCAACGUCUUAGUGGAGUCUGCGUAUGCUGUUGACUCCAAGAGCAUCAUUCUCAGCCAAGCACCGUUCACACUUAAUGAUGGCGUCUUUGAACUGAACUUCAUGUCCAGCCAGCCAGCCAGUGGAUAUUACCAGUUUAGUGUUGCAGUGACAGGGGACAGCCGACUGGUUGCCAAUCACGUUGAGCUUAAAGUCAAAGUGUCCACCGAGGUGGCUGUUACCAACAUGGACCUUUCUGUGGUGGAUAAAGACCAGAGCAUCGGCACAAAGACCACUAGGGUGGAUUAUCCUUCCAAAGCCAAGACCUCCUUUACAGCAGACAGCCACAUCAACUUUGCCAUGUCCUUCCAGCUGGUUGACAUCAACACUGGAGUGGAGCUCACCCCUCACCAGACCUUUGUUCGACUGCACAAUCAGAAAACUGGCCAAGAGGUGGUUUUCGUGGCUGAACCCGAUGACAAGAAUCUGAAUGUGUACAAGUUUGAGUUGGACACGACCAAGCAGAAAUCAGAGUUUGACUCUAUUUCUGGCACCUAUUCCCUUUACCUCAUUGUCGGAGACGCUACCUUAGAGAAUCCCAUCUUGUGGAAUGUGGCUGAUGUUAUCCUGAAGUUUGUGGAUGAGGAAGCCCCAGCUACUAUUCAGUCCAAGACUCUUUAUGUACCAAAACCAGAGAUCCAGCACCUGUUCAGGGCACCAGAGAAGAAGCCUCCCACUGUGGUUUCCAACACCUUCACUGCACUCAUCCUGUCUCCCUUCCUUCUGUUGCUCAUUCUGUGGUUUAAGCUCGGAGCCAACAUCUCCAACUUCAGCUUCUCUCCAAGCACCAUUCUGUUCCAUGCCGGACACGCAGCCAUGCUGGGCCUGAUGUACGUCUACUGGACCCAUCUGAACAUGUUCCAGACUCUGAAGUACCUGGCAAUCAUUGGCGGUGUAACUUUCCUUGCCGGGAACCGCAUGCUGGCCCAGAAAGCAGUGAAGAGGAUUGCUGCAGAGCAAAGUAGUAGGUUGGCAAAGUAUAGGAGUCUACGAUAAAGCCCCCCCCAUUUGUAACAAAUGAGUCGGUUCUGCUUCCGUUCUAAAAAUUGAGAAAAAAUAAGGACAAGAAAAUUAAAAGAUGACACUGACGAGACUCAUUUUUUUUGUUUCCAAGGAGUCGUUCAACGAAAUCAGACUUUACAAAAGAAUCCAAUUGACAGUUUUAACAUGCAGUUUGUCUGUGUUGCCAAAUGGAAGAAACUGAGACGUCACAGUGUCUCUGAGAGACUGGACAAACACUCACUGGCAGAUUCUCCUACAGAAGACUGUAGAGCUACUGAUCAUUGCACUUCAUCUUCCUGUGAGAUUUGUUUUCUUUUCGCCCAACAUGCCAGUGCUUUCUAGGUGGGCGUUUUGUUUGUGGUUUUGUGAUGAAAUUUGGGUUUUGUCUUUUUUUUUGUACAUUCCUCUGUUGUCACUCGGUGCCCAUUUUAUCUUGUAACAAAAGCUCACAUUUGACAACUGAAAAUAAACCACUGGCAGUAGCACUGACACUUGGAUCAUUACUGGCUAUAACAGUGUGUUAGUCUCCUAUUUGAUACAGACUUGAUUUCCCUGAGAAAAAUUGGGAAUAAUACAAUACGGGCAAUUUGAGGAUAUGAUGUUUUUGUAAUGAAGAGGAGGAAAUAAAGAAGUUGAGGUGGGA